AUGGCUCCCGCGGUCUCGCCCCCUCCAAUCGACCUGCGAGCUCAGAUCAAGGAGAACUGCGAGUUCAUCAGCGACCGGUUUGCCGAAAUCUCGGUCAUCACAACUAAGGAGCCCCUGGGGACCUUCACGGCCAUCGUGGUGAGAACCGAGAACGGCACCAGAAAGCCUCUGCUUUCCGAGACUGCGCCGUCUGUCUACGAUGCCCUGCAAGCGCUGCAUGUGAAGUCCGCCGAGGCGGUGCAGACCUACAUCUCCACCAACGGUUUUGCGCCGGUGUCGAGCAUCAAGCAGCGGGACGGCAAGCGAAGCAGCGGCUACGAUGGCGUGUUUGAUAGCGACUCGGCCUCAUCCACCCUGACGCUCGACGACUGCGAGUCUCUGUCGGACGACGAGACCGUGUCGAUCACGUCCGUUGGCAAGGCGAAGAAGCGCAGCCGCCGCAGGGCGAGCAAGGCGGCCAAUGCGAGCGCGGCGAGGCGCAAGACCCGACAGGGCCGCUCCAGGUCGCGCUCGCCUUCCUCCUCCACUGCCCGCGCCCGCUCCCGCUCGGCGUCCUCCAGCUCGUCGGGCUCGGAGAUGUCCUACAGCCCGCCCGCCAUUCCCUCCCGCCGCCCGCCUAACCCCCAUGGCUUCUCCCGGGCCAUACCCCCGCGGCCACCUCAAGGCGCCUACCCUUCCAUCCAGAUAGGCCAUGCUCCCCUGCCGCGGCGGCCGCCGGGGCCCCUAUACCCGCCAGGCGGGCUCCCGCCCCACGGCUACCGCCCAGGCAUCAACGUCGUCCCCAUCGACCCGACACCACCUCGCCGCCCCCCUGCUCCCCCGCCCGCGCCCCCAGUCGCGUUCCCCUUCCACAAAAUCCCGCGCACCACCACCACCAACACCACCACAGUCACCGCCAGCACCACCACCAAACCCACCACGCCUCCCCCAACUUCCACCCCCUCCCCAUGCCCUACCCCGGCCCCCGCACCACCCCCAUCCGCUCCGCAGGCCCAAAUCCAAGACAUAAUCCUGCACAUCCACUGGCGCCACCACGGCUCCCGCCGCGCGCUCGAGCACCUCCCUGCCCCCGCGCAGCCCGCCGGCGGCGGCGGCGCCCCCCCCACUGCCGCCGCCGCGGCGCCGCGCCUCUCGCUGCACACCGUGCGGCGCGCCGCGCUGGCCUUCGUCCGCCGCCACCCGGUCGCGUUCGCCUCCAACGCGCACGCGCACGCGGACGUGCCGCCGGCGGCGGCGCUGGCGGGCCUGCGGGCUGUGGUCAGGGCUGUUGUUGUCGGCGGGGUGGUCUACUUUUUCCCUUCUCCCCGCCCUUCGUCCCCUGUCCCUGCGGCUGGGGGGGCUGGGGCUGGGGCGGCGGAGGGGCGUGGUGUGUUGGCGGAGGCGGAGGACGGGGAGGGGGAGAGGGAUUUGUGUGGGUUGAUCGCCUCGCUUGCGGCCGGUAGUGGUGGCGCGGGACUGGAGGUGGUGCCGAGGUUUGAGGUGGAGGUGUGGAAUGCGGUGAGGGAGCCGGUGGCGGUUCCGCGGCUGUCGGGGUCCGGGUCGGGGUCGGGGUCGGCUUCGCCUGCUGCCGCCGGCAGUGCUGCUGCUGAUGCUGGUGCUGCGGCUGGGCCGAUGCCGGGGAUGGUGUUUCCCUCGCCGCCGGGUAUGGCAGCGCCGAUGCAGGGGAUGCCUCAGUAUUGA